UCUCCUCCGUUAUCUUUAAUACCCUCACCGCUAUAACGCCUCCCUCAUUCCCCUCGCCGCCCCCUGAGCCCCUCGAUAUCAGACGGGGCUAAAGAGAGUGACAGACAGAUAGAUAGAUAGAUAUAGCGCGCGAGCGGCUGCUUCGCGGGAAACGUUGAGCGGCGGCGGUUGGCAAGAGCGGCAGCGCGGGAAAAGCCCUUUGACGACGCCGCUGCCUCGCCUUGCCCGCUCGUGCCCGCCUGCACAGUCCGCUACCCCUCCGGAGAGACGCCGUGCACGAGGCCGAGCCACGGCGGCGGCGAGGAGCGAGGGCGCCGGGGAGUGCGCUUGCAGGCCGUCUUUUGGCUGCGAGUCGCGAGUCCGACUCACCAGGGCCGAGGCGUCAACAAAGCCAGGCAGGACUCGCGGGGCCUUCUCGUCCCUCGAGCCACGUUCUGAGCUGCAGCCGGGCGGAGCGAGCGACAGGAGAGGAGCAGGAGGCGAGGACGCCGUAGGAGAGAGGCGAACGAGCGCAGGAGGCGGAAAUGCCCCAGAAGAAGAAGGACGGGAUGGGGCUGGAGAAGCCCGUGAGUGAGGUUCAUGCCGACCACGAGCUCUUCCUUCAGGCCUUCGAAAAACCUACACAGAUCUACAGAUUCCUAAGAUCAAGAAAUGUAUUAUGUCCGAUUUUCCUCCAGCGGACACUGUACUACAUGCGCGGCAGGAUGAGCCGCAGUCACAAGAACAGAAUGUCCUUCAAGCUCGACUACCUUCUAGACAAGGUAACGCAGAAGAUAGAGAAGCAAACUGAGCGGCCGGCAAGUUACCUCAACAUAGCCUUCACUGGCUUUCAUGAUGAAAAGUUGGAGGGUGUGAGUGGGGAUGUGGCCCGAGUGGAGACAUUUAUAGUGAAAAUGUGUCACAAGAAACGCAAAGAGUCAUCUGCCCCAAUGAUGCAGGUAGUGUUGUCCAAGAUGCGGCAGAGUCAUAACCCACGACAUCUCUCAGGGCUUGUAUCAGUGGGAACACAAGAUGUGAAUAUCAACCCUCCUGAAGGUGAAGGAGGAGGAGGUGGAGGGGGUGGAAGGAAUGCCACUCUCAGCAUCCCUACACACAACUUCACAGCCAGCAAUGGCCACCAAGUGAAGUCGUAUGUCCUAGUGUUUCGGGUAUCCCUUGUUCAUGACCAGGAGAAUGCCGGGGAGCCAGUUGCCAAGAGACGCCGCAUCAGUCGAAGUUCCUCCCAGGACUCACAGGACUCCAACAUAUCAACUGGGGGAACAAAUUCAGUAAAUGGAGAUGCCCAUAAUGGUGUGGGAACAACUUAUUGUGGAGAACUGGUCAUGUUUGACAGGCAUGGGCGCUGUUUGCUCACGCCUGGUCACUAUGAACUGAUGCUAGAGCAGCAAGUGGGAGAUAAUCUACAGUUGUGCAAAUCAAGCCCAAAAAAGAAUGCAAGCUGGGAGAGUAUAGACACACUUAAGUUUGAUAAUGUUUUUAAAUGUAUUCCAGUUUUAAAAUUUUCACUGAACUGGAAUAGUGAAAAUUCAAACUCUUGCAUAGAAAGACCAAGACUGAGACCAUUAAAGCCAUUGGAUGUUGUUUUAGCCAACAGUGCGUCUACAAAGCCUAAGCCUCAAGGUGUGGCCAGUCCAGAGGCUCCUCAAUUAGUUCUAUAUCAGUUUGUUUAUAAUAACAACAGCCGGCAACAAACGGAGGCACGACGAGACUUCCACUGUCCUUGGUGUUCUCUUAACUGCAUGGCCCUCUAUUCUCUCCUGAAACACCUCAAGUUAUGCCAUGCGCGCUUUACAUUCACAUAUGUGCCGCAUCCGAAAGGAGCCAGAAUCGAUGUUGCCCUCAAUGAGUGCUAUGAUGGCUCUUAUGCAGGCAACCCACAGGACCUGGUCACAAUGCCUGCUGGCUUUGCCUUCUCACGCAGUGGCCCCACUCGUAGGACGCCCAACACAACUGUACUCGUGUGCAGACCCAAGCGGCCAAAACCCUCACUCUCAGAGUUCUUGGAGCAGGAUGACAAUGAUUUUGAUUUACCACGGUCAUAUAUAUUAGGUCACAAUAGGUUAUACCACCACACCAUGACAUGCCUCCCCAUUCAGCCACAUGAGCUAGAUGAGGACAGUGAAGGGGAGCACGACUCAGAGUGGGUCCGACAAAAAACACAAAUGAUGAUUGAUGAAUUCUCUGAUGUUAAUGAGGGAGAGAAGGAACUCAUGAAAAUGUGGAACCUCCAUGUCAUGAAAUACAACUUUGUGGGAGACAGCCAAAUCCCCCUGGCCUGCUCCAUGUUCCUUGAAAGUCAUGGCACGGAACUCCUUCGCAAGAGUUUAUACAGAAACUUUGUACUACACAUGAUAUCUCUCCAUGACUUUGGGCUUAUAGGGACUGGCGUUGUCUAUAAGAGCAUUCUUCAGUUACAGAGCAAAAUGCAAGAUAUAGGGGUGCAAAAGCAACUGGCAGCUAGCUGGGAGGAUCAGCGCAAAACGGCAAAGAAAUUGUUUCCCUCCUUGGGUUCGUCGGUGGAUGUCAAGCAAGAGCCUUCAUCAUCAGCAGGAACACUCAUGGAACACCUUGAGGGAAGCAAGGGCUCUCCCACCAAAAGCAAGAAAAGGUAGUUUACUUGAGACGUUCUCAUCCUUUUGCAGGUGAAGUUGGGGACAAGAAGUGCAGUGUACAGUGAUGCAGUUCUCUCCCCAGAACUCAGGGUUAUGCUGCUGCAAACAGGCCACAAGUACAAAAGUUGCGCAUACAUGGCACAGUGUGAUACACACAAGCUUCACCAUACCACUGCCAGUACAACAUUAGGGCCCAGGCUUUUACUACCCAGUGUCCUUAGUUCAUACUUGGAUUUUUCUUCAGUUUUUGGGAUGUAUUAGCAAUGGCCUGUUGGAAAGGCAUGCCUGUAAGAUUGCGUAGAAAGUAGAGGUACAAUAAAUAAUUAGACAAGAAUAUUUUAAGAUAGUCUUGUAAUGAGACCUUUAGAGGAAGGAUGCCGUGCUAUAGCAAUGCACAACAAGUGCAGUCAAGGAUUUAUAAGCUUGUUGUGUUUGGUUUAGCAGGCGGUAGGAAGAGGAGUAUGGAAUGACUGGAUGAUGUUUCAGGAUCAUCCAUUCUUGCCAUUUAUGUGAGACUAUGGCAACCAGUUCUUAACAGUAUGCUGUAUAAAGAGUAGAUUUUAAAAUUCUUUCACCAACAGGUUAAUAAGUUACGCUCAGAGGGGGGGAAACUUAAAAUAACGUUUAAGUAUUGGAAUAUAUGUCAUAGGUUACUACAAAUUAGUAUCCAUUCAUUAAAAAACAAAACAUUUUUACUGUUUUCAUGGUUUUUAGUUACUGUAAUGAGGACUUAAGUUCAUAAUUUUUAGUUUAUUAAUAUUGUGAGUAAUAUUAAUACUUCUAUCUUAAUUAUUAUUUUUUUAUUAAAUAUAAUCAUUGUUAACAAUAAAAAUAAAAACAACCUUAAUGAAAGUUCCUUAUCUAGAUACAUCUCCAGUUUGAAGAUGAUAGAUAUGUAGUAUAUUGCUAGCGCCAGGUCACUCAAGGCGGGUGCGUCUGAAUAAAACUACGUCAUUUACUGGCAUUGCUCUCAGUCUUCUGCAAUGUGGAUUUUGCAGAGUCCCUUGCAGAGAAACUAAAAGUUCACAAAAACUUGAAUGAAACUUGUAUGUAACAUUUCUUCAAAGUGCCUCUUGCCUCUUGCAUAAAUAUUUUGGCAGGUUAAUGUCAGCAUCAGGGAUAAGGGAUGUUUUAAGGGAAAUCUGCUGUUCAAGAAAUCUACUGAAAAGGCUAGGAUUUUAUAUUACUUUUUAGAAAAGCCAAAUCCUGUGGAGACAGUAGACAAACCUCUCCAAUAGAUACACUUGUGUCAUUGGUUGCUUGGGCUAACACCUGUACCCUGACCAGUACCUUCAAUCUUGUAAUACUGUGGCAGUAUAACCAAAGGAUGGAAUUACUAAAUGUUUUUUCUCAUGAAUUCCACAUUUAUCUUGUCAAGACUUUGUGAGUAAUGUCUUUUUUGGAGGCAAAUGGAAUGCAAGGAAUGAGUAAAUGUUGAUUAUUAGUGUUGAUAUUAUUUAUAUUGUUGUGUAAAUGGUUCUACAUCUAACAUGGUUUGAUAUAACCUUACUGGAUUCCAGCCAGGAAUUAUCAGACUAAUUCUGGUAUUUAGAAUGUGAAUGAAAAAAAAUCUUGUCAGAGAACAAAAUAAAUGAUAUUUAGUUUAAA